AUGCCCCGCAGCGACGAAGCCCAAGCCUUCUUCCAUGCCGUCUACAGCGCCGUGCAAGAGAUCCCGCCCGGCAAAGUGACCAGCUACGGGCACAUUGCCAAGCUAAUCGGCACUCCCCAGCGCCCCCGCCAAGUAGGUGUCUGCCUCAAGCACCUGCCGGUCGACACGUCGGCGCGGUUCAACCACGACAAUGUCCCAUGGCAGCGAGUGAUCAACGCCAAGGGGGUUAUAUCUCCUCGAUCCCAGCCAUCGGGAGCUCGAAAUCAGGCGGCGGCGCUACAGGCCGAGGGCGUGACGGUCACUACUGGGGCUUUGGGAGAGUUGAUGGUGGACUUUGGCCAGUUUGGCUGGUUUCCGCGAGUCUUGCCUUCUGAAGAGGGAGGGGAGAUUGAGCAUUCUCAGGGGGAGGAUGAGGACGAAGAGGGAUGA